AUGUCGCGAUCAUUUUUAGUGGAUUCUCUUAUCGAUAAAGAUUCAUCGAAAAUGACGACAUCAUCAUCAUCAUCAUCAUCGAUACCAAUAAAUUUUUAUCCGCAUUUUUAUCCUUAUACUCCACCGUUUGCCGCUAAUUAUUUAUUUAACUUUGGACGAAUGCCGUGGGAUAGUAAAAAAAACGAUUUGAUUAAAAAUAUAAAUUCUGGGAUUGUCAAUCGCGAACAUGAAUCUAGUCAUAGAAUGGAUAAUUUAAUCAUUCCUAAUUAUUAUCCGCAAAAUAUUCACGAGCCGAAAUGUUUAAGGCCUAAUUUAAUAGAAACGAAUGCAAAAAUAUAUGAAAAAUCAAAUUCUCCUACGUCAUCAGCGUCUUCCGAUAAAGGAGGAAGUGAUUUUAAUGUUGAAAAAUUAUUAGGAGUCAAAACGAAUUUAUCAGAAGGAAACGAAGGUAAAGUGACGAGAAACCUUUCGCCGAGGCAAACGUAUUUAACAAAGGAAAGAUCGAAAAGUAGGAGUCCUUUGAGCAACGAUCCAAAUAGUAGCAGUAAAAGAAAUCGUACGGCAUUUACAAGCGAUCAACUAUUAGAACUCGAAAGAGAAUUUUCCUCAAACAUGUAUUUAUCGAGACUUAGAAGAAUCGAAAUCGCAACUUAUUUAAAACUGUCGGAAAAACAAGUGAAAAUAUGGUUUCAAAAUCGUAGGGUUAAACAUAAAAAAGGUGAUGCGGGAGUCGUCGGACAAUUAUUUCACGGUUCUGUCGUCGAACCGAAAUGCUGUUGUUCCGCUAAUUAUUCUUUUCAUAAAAGUAAAACGAUGGAAAAAGAUAAAAAUAAUGCGACGGAUGAAGAUGACGAUGAGGAUGAUGAGGAAGAUGACGGUGUGGAUAAUAACAGUGACGUUGAUGUUGAUGUUAUCACGAGUGAUAAGAAUUUAACUUAUAAAAAAUUAUUUAAUACGUUUUACGCGACGGGUAAAUAA